ACCUCCCGGAUUCGAGCACCAUGUCGUCCUUUGAGCCGGUCAUCGUCAUCGACGGCAAGGGCCACCUGCUCGGUCGCCUGGCCAGCACGAUCGCGAAGCAGCUCCUCAAUGGUCAGAAGAUCGUUGUGGUGCGCUGCGAAGCCCUCAACAUCUCCGGAGAGUUCUUCCGCGCGAAGCUGAAGUACCAGGCCUUCCUCCGCAAGCAGACCCGUUACAACCCGACGCGAGGAGGACCCUUCCACUUCCGCGCCCCGUCAAAGAUGUUCUGGCGAACUGUCCGUGGCAUGAUCCCGCACAAGACCCCCCGCGGCGCCGCCGCCAUGGAGCGCCUCAAGUGCUUCGAGGGUGUGCCCCCACCAUACGACAAGAAGAAGCGCAUGGUCGUCCCGCAGGCGCUCAGGGUUCUCCGAUUGAAGCCUGGCCGCAAGUACUGCACUGUUGGCCGUCUCGGCCACGAGUUCGGCUGGAAGUACCAGGACGUCGUCGCUCGUCUCGAGGAGCGUAGGAAAGUCAACGGCGCGGCAUACUAUGAGCGCAAGAAGCAGGCGCGGAGGCAGCUGGCGGAGGCCAAGAAGACAGCGAAGGUGGACGGAAAGGUCAAGGAGCAGCUUGCCUCGUACGGGUACUAGGGGAGGGUGCAUGAUGGUGUCUUUACAGGCUAGUGACGUGGGGCGGCGUGGAAUGCAUUGGUCUCAUGGGAUCUUUUCAACCUCUGACAUAUUUCGACCAUUGGGGGCGGUGUCCAGGCAAAAAGAGCUUAACAAUGCUCGCGAGAUCAUGGGUGUCUUCACGGUCAGAUACUCUCUUCCCGCUAGAAGAAACAACAAAUAAAAACCUCG